AUGCAGACUCCUACCCCACAUUCGCAGACUAUUAGAUUACGCAACUUUAUUAGAUUAAAGAUUUAUGCUAUCUUACAGAAGAAGGUUACUGCAAGGGGCUCGCUUGAACAAGCAGAACAACGUAUAAGAAAAUUCACUGGACAGAUUGAUGAAAUCCUCUGGUCGCGAGCCAAUUCAUCAGAGAGGGCCUAUGCAGAUUUAGGAGAUCUUGAAGCCCGCGUUGAUUUUAUUCUCAACUUGAUUUUAAAGAAAAUCAUUUUGCAGAAGCAGCAGCAGCAACAACAACGGCGUGUUUGUCCUCCAACUACUUCUGCUGCCAUGAUGAGCGUUUCAUCUUCAUCAAAUCCUCCCCAUACUACUAACAACAAUAACUUCGCUGGAGGAACUUUCCAUUCUGGAGGAAACUACAACAUUCAUUGCACAACUGGAGGUCAAAUCCAACUACUCUCACCUCUCUUAAUAUACAAAUCUGUUCUCAGUCUCAUCAACCGCUUCUUUUUGUUGAAUUUCAAUAAUGCAGGAUUCCCUGUUACUUGUGGCAAUAGCAGCGUACCUGGGUUACACAGAACCGAGCCACUCUACAGUGAUGGUGCAAAUUACCAGAUGGUUGAUGUUUCUAGGCCCCAACUUACUUCUUCUGGCUUCUCUUCUGGUUCCUUUGGAAUUUACGGGAACGCCGUAACCCUUGCUACUUCUUCUCAACCAACUUUUUCUAUACCUUUUGGUUCAAGUAAUCUCCACGGAGGUGUAAUGUCAGCCAGCUCAAUGGCUGUUGCUCAGGAUACACGUCCAUUCCACCCAGAUCCUAUGCUCGCUACCUUCACAAAUAAUCAGCCAUACCUGCAGCAAACUCCAUACUCAUUUCAUCAGCUCGGGAAUACAACUUUUCAAUCUGCUUCCGCUCAACAAUUCUUUGGCCAUCAAGCUGGUGAUGCUAGGCACCAAGAACAGCACUCUCGACAGCUUUAUCCUGGUAACCUGCAGAAUCAAGAUCAUUUACUAUACCAGGGUGCUUAUCGGACUCAGGUAGCUACGAGUUCGCCUCUUCAUGUCAACCAUGGACCAAGCUUGGAUUGUUACAAAGAAGAUCUUCAGCAACAGGCCCUAAAUGAGUUCAAACCAUCCAAGUUGCACUACCAAUACAAUGCUGUUCAUACUAGUCAUCUGACUUCUUCUCCAUCUCUCCCAUCAGAUCCUCAUGAUCAGAAGCAGUCGCCAUCAGUCUUGGUUCAAAGGCAGUCAUCUCUUAAGAACUCAACACAAAUAUCAGCGAAAAUUAAUGGAGACAGAGAACCUCUUGGGGUUAUUGUUAGUCAAACAACUCCUAUGCAGCCACAAUCUCUGCAUCGCUGCUCCUCGUCUCCAAGAGCGCCUCAAGAAUCAGAAAACAAUAAUGGAGAGAGAGAACUUAAUGGGGCCAACUCAUGUCAAAAUACUCCUAUGCAGCCAGAACCAGUAGCUGUUCAUAGCUCCACAUCUGCAAGAGCGACUCUAACUGUUUCUCCUAGAAGCACUGCUGAGAGGAAACGUCUUCUAGAUGGAAACAACACAUCAAGUAAACAGAUCAAUGGAGAUCGUAGUCAAGAUGUUAGGAAUCAGAUUCGGUGGCUUCUAAUUUUGGAGCAUGCACGUGACUGCAGAGCAACAGGAGAUACGUGUCUGAGCAAGUUCUGUCUUCCUGUCAAAAAGCUACUGGAACAUAUGAAACGCUGCAAGAUCCCUGGUUGUACAGAACCACGUUGUGGGCAGACUCGGAAAUUGCUUCUUCAUUACGAGGAGUGCAGGAACAAGUCUUGCCCUGUCUGUGUACCUGUCAAUGAUAGCAUCAAAAAUAAUAGAAAUAAAAGAGGCGCUCGACCAAUGGAAUCUUCAGAGUCUGUGCAAGAAUACAACAACAAAAGAGGCUCUGAAACUAUUAAUUUUGGUGAUGAUCUGCAACCCUCAGUUAAGCGCCUGAAAAUAGAGAAAUCCUCCCAGAUUGCAACUUCUGAUGGGAGGGAGAGCAUGCCGGUUUCAGCAUGUGGUGCUGUCUCUUCCGUGCCUAAGAAAGAGAGAUAUGGUUUGCAAAGUGUCAAAGUUGAGGUUAUGCCUAUGGACAUAGAUCUUUCUGAUGUUUCCAGGAUUCCCGUUACCCUUCAUGUUGCUGAAGAUAUUCCCAUGGGUAGAGGGUCUGCUAUGAAUGACAAAACUAUUUGUUUAACGUCACAAGGGAAACCCAAAUGUAUGGAUGAAAUGGGUGCACCAAAGAAAGGGAAUGUGAAACAAUCCAUGGAUGCGUCUAAGAUGGAAAUCUCCUCCCUCGUUGAAUUGUUUACUCCAGACCAAGUAAAAGAGCAUAUCAGAGGUCUUCGUCAAUGGGUAGGCCAGAGCAAAACCAAGGCGGACAAAAACAAAGCAAUGGGUUGCUCCAUAUCUGCGGAAGCUUGCCAGUUAUGUGCUAUUGAGAGGCUUGUAUUUGAGCCAAUACCUAUUUACUGCUCCCCUUGUGCUGUACGCAUCAAGAGAAACGCCUUGCACUAUACCGUUGCUGCUGGUGAGUCACGGCAUUAUGUCUGCGCAACUUGCUUCACCGAAGCGCGUGAAAACUUUGUUUCUGUUGAUGGAACCUCUAUACCGAAAGCAAUGCUUGAGAAGAAUAAAAACGAUGAACAAGUUAUAGAAGGGUGGGUGCAAUGUGAUAAGUGCCAAGCGUGGCAGCAUCAAAUUUGUGCCUUGUUCAACAGCCGAAGGAACCAUGGGGAAGCCACCAAGUACACUUGCCCUAAUUGCUAUAUCCAAGAGGUGGAACAAGGAGAUAGAAGACCGUUACCACAGAGUGCCAUCCCUGGGGCAAAAAGUUUACCAGAUACUACUCUUAGCGAUCAUAUAGAGCAGCGGUUAUUCAAAAACUUGAACAUGGAAAGACAAGCGAGGGCUAGACUUCAAGGAAAAAGUUAUGAGGAGGUUCCUGGAGCCGAAUCACUUACUGUCAGAGUUGUGGCAUCAGUUGAAAAAGUAUUAGAAGUAAAGGAGAAUUUCCUCGAGCUUUUCCGAGGAGAGAACUAUCCAUCUGAAUACCCUUAUAAGUCCAAGGUCAUAUUGUUGUUUCAGAAGAUUGAAGGUGUCGAGGUGUGCUUAUUUGGCAUGUUCGUCCAGGAAUUUGGAACAGAAUGUGGACCUGCCAAUCAGCGGCGGGUAUACCUUUCAUAUCUGGACUCGGUUAAGUAUUUCAGACCUGAGGUUCGAACAGUCUCUGGAGAAGCCCUCCGCACGUUUGUGUACCAUGAAAUUCUGAUUGGUUACCUCGAUUACUGUAAGAAACGUGGUUUCACAAGCUGCUACAUAUGGGCAUGCCCACCGCUUAAGGGUGAAGAUUAUAUUCUAAACUGUCAUCCUGAAAUCCAGAAGACGCCCAAGACUGACAAACUAAGGGAAUGGUAUUUAGCAAUGCUUAGGAAAGCUUCAGAGGAGGAUGUGGUGGUUGAAUGCACAAACCUCUAUGAACAAUUCUUUGACCAGAUUGACGAAUGUAGAGCUGAUGUAACUGCUGCAAGGUUGCCAUAUUUUGAUGGGGACUACUUGCCAGGUGCUGCUGAAGAUUUAAUACAGAAAAUGCGUCAAGAAGGUGAUGGGACCACUAAGUUAAAUGGAAAAGGAUACACCAAAAAGGUCAUAACGAAAAGAGCCCUAAGAGCAGUUGGCCAGUCGGACCUUCCUGUCAAUGCCUCAAAGGAUCGGCUGUUGAUGCAAAAACUCGGUGAGAGUAUCUUCCCGAUAAAGGAAGAUUUUAUCAUGGUUCAUUUGCAACAUUGCUGUAAGCACUGUUGCUCUCUCAUGGUAUCAGGAAAUCGGUGGGUGUGCAAGCACUGCAAGAAUUUUCAGAUCUGUGACAAGUGUUACGAAGUGGAACAGAAGCGCGCAGAGAAAGAGAGACAUCCAAUCAAUCGGAAAGUGAAGCACAAAAUGUUUCCUGUGGCAAUUAAAGACGUUCCCAUUGAGAUUGAGGACAAAGACGUCAACAUUCAGAGCGAGUUCUUUGAUAACAGGCAAGCUUUCCUGAGUCUUUGCCAAGGCAACAACUAUCAGUACGACACACUAAGGCGGGCGAAACAUUCUUCCAUGAUGAUACUCUAUCAUCUUCACAACCCAAGUGUCCCUGCAUUUCCAACGGCAUGCACCAUCUGCCAACAAGAGAUUGAAAACGCUCAAGGCUGGCACUGCCAAGUUUGCACGGCCUAUGAUGUCUGCAAUGCCUGUUACCCUAAGGCGUGUAUCGACCAUUCACAUAAACUGGUAAGCCGUUCAUCUGCUGGGAAAGCUAGUGUACAAGACACCGGGCGAGCUAAUCAAAUCCAGUUUGACAAGAUGAUAGAACUGCUUGUACAUGUAGCAGCUCCAUGCCGGUAUUUACAUUGCCAGUAUCAGCGGUGUCGCUGGAUGAAGACGUUAAUCAGACAUGUAAUAGAUUGUAAGAUGGCUCGUGGAGAUUGCCCCAAGUGUACGCAAUUUUGGUUACUCAUCAGAACCCAUGCCCGCUCCUGUAGAGAUUCCAAAUGCAUUGUCCCCAAAUGCAGAGAUUUCAAAGCAGCUGCUAGUAGACGGCAGCAGCAGUCAGAAAAACGGCGUAGAGCUGCUGUAACGGAGAUGAUGCGAAAAAGGGCUGCGGAAGCCGCCACCCAGACUUACUGA